ACGAGGUUUCGAACCACGCCCAUAGAUCGGCAACUUCCACCGCGCCCGGAGCAUGUCUUCGUCGAGCACGCUCAAGCGGCCGGGAGACUCCGACGACGGUGGCAGUGGAAGGGGCAGCAGUGGCAGCAACUCGCACAGCACGCCGCAGCCUGCCAGCAAAAUCCCGCGGACGGAGGGCCACUCCAAUGGCACCGGCAGCAGCACCACGUCCACGGCUACGACUAAUCACGCCGCCCUGAACGGCACUGGCCACCAGCAUGACGACUUUGCGGCCGCGUCCAGCGCUGCUCCGCCGCCCGGUAGUUCCAAGAAGAAGUCGGCGGGUUCAUCGCGGACAGGCCAGGCCUGCGACCGCUGCAAGGUGCGUAAGAUCCGCUGCGAUGCGCGCCCCGGAGGCUGCUCGCCAUGCAUCCAGAACAACACCGAAUGCAAGACGACCGAUCGCAUCACGGGUCGCGCGACAUCGCGUGGCCACACCGAGAACCUCGAACAUGAGAAUACUACGAUGAAGAUGUACAUUGUCGAGCUGCAACAGCAACUGCGGGACGGUGGGCUAGAGCCCAAAGCAGCGCCGUCGGCUCAGAAUUCAUACGGACAGUAUUGGAGCCAGCAGGCAGAGUGGACGGGGUCAUAUUCAGGACAGAACGCGCUGUCGGUCAGUCCGCAGAUCCGCAACGAGCGACAGACACCCCAGGGCUCCCUCCUGCCCGACUUCCGCUCAGGAUGCAUUGGCGACAACUACCUGGGCGUCUCGUCGGAGAAUAGCUGGCUGAGUCCCAUCGAGGGCACAUCACUCGCUCUUUUCGGCACCAAGAUCGACCUGGCCGAGUUCAUGCCCGCCGAUUCGGAUCCCGCCUUCAGUGCCAUGUCCUAUCGCACAUUCCUCAGUCAUGCAUUCGGGCGACACCAGGUCUUCCGACCAGAGCUGCCCGCCUACGAGCAGUGCAAAGUGUAUGCCGAAUGGUACUUCCGAUCGAUAGGACAGUUCAUCCCGGUCCUGCACAAACCCGACUUCAUCGCGCUUCUCUACAAGAUCCACCAUGAGCACUAUCAGCCCAAGCCGGCAGAGAAUGUCAUGGUCCACAUGGUCCUGGCCACGCUCAACUUCCAGUUCGCGGCGCGCAAUUCCAACGAGCAAGCGCGUCAGGACUCCAUGAGCCACUACCACUACGCGUGCAGUCUCAUCCCCGACCUCAUCACAGGCCAUACUCUCGCAGACAUCCAAGCAUUGGCUUUGAUCUGCUCCCAGCUGCGGAACCAGCCCAAACCAGGCGCAGCAUGGAUGUUCACGAAUCUGGUACUGGGCUUGGCUGUGGAAUCUGGUCUCCAUCGCUCUGCCAAAGCGUGGCCGAACUCAGGCGUGGACCAGGAUCCACAUCAUCUGGAGAUGCGAAAGCGAACAUUCUGGUCACUCCUAAUCUUCCACGUGCACAUCAGUGGAAAGCUGGGUCGCCCGAUGCCAUUGCGCUUGGAGGACUUUGACAUCGAAAUGCCGGAAGCAAUCCCAGACAAUCUGCCUGAAGAAAACUCGACCAAAUGGAAAGACUGUUCCUUUCGCGCGGCGAUUGAGGGUUUCAAGCUGCUGAGAAUCAUGUUGCAGGUCUACUCCACUAUCUAUUCGAUCAAGUCGACUGGACAGUACGAGAUGAACGUGCGUCACCUGGAAAAGGAGCUGGAAACAUUUCACGACCAGCUUCCGCCUGAGUUCCGCGGAGGCCCGCAAACACGAGACGAAGAUCGCGUGUCUGCGUAUUAUCUGGACAUGGGCGUCGCAGAAUGCCAGCUUCUACUCCACCAUCCAGCACUGUGUCGCUCGGCAUCAGCGCAAUUUAUGACGAGCAAUCUCGAUACCUGCUUGCACUGGAGUAAGAAGCUGCUUCACGUUGCGACUGCUCUGAAGACGCUGAACUCGUUGGACACGACCUGGUACUCCACCACAAACUUCUUGGCGGCGAUCUUCACCACACUUUUCGCGCACACUGAGCGUAGGGAACAGAUGACCACGGCAGAUCUGCAGACUUUGCGACAAGAUAUGGAUGCAUGGAUGGAAAUCAUGGCAGAAGUGGCGAAUCUUCUGGGCCUGAGCUCGCGGCUACAAGCAGCUAUUCGCACCAUUAUCGACUUCUCCCUCGGCAAUAUUCAGCGGCAUCUCGCUGCCAAAACGGCUUCAGCGGCGCUGCCGGCCACGUCUUCUCCUACGGAGCCACAAGCUCAAGCAUAUACGAACGGCUAUAGCGAACAGCAGCGGUACACAAAUGGACACAGCAGCGAAGAUCUGAGCAGCACAGCGAGCCGAGCUUAUGCCAACACACAUGCACAUGCAGACCAAAGCCACGCUUACUCACAAUCUGGCCAAUACACGUACCCGUCCGCGCAUGAGAACGGCGUGUACCCACAAGCGAGCAUUAACGGCUACAGUCAAUCAGCCUAUGCGGAAGACAGCAAGCCGAAUAUUGAAGACCAGCUCCUUCAAGCAACGUCCAUAGCACAGCAAGCACAACAGGUCAAUGCAAACAACUUCGUGGCAGCAUACCAAGCGGCCAGCACAGCAGAGACAAAUGGCUACCAUCAAACGCCGACCACAGCAGGAAUGAACGAUCAAACAUACCCUCAAGCUGGACCGGCAGCAUGGAGACACUUUGCGGACUCGAUUCCGAACUUAGGCGGCCAUGAGUAUAUGAAUUCUGCUGCUAGUCUUAUGGCUCUCGGCGGGGGAAAACACACAGAUGGGACGGACAUGGUCGCAGCAGCUCAGAUGAGCCAUAUGCAUCUGCCUCACGCUGAUGGCGUGCAGGCUCCUUGGCCUUUACUACAUUACACCGGCGGAAACAAUGGACACGGCUAAUGAAGCUGUGGCGGCGUUCUGCAGUACGACUUCGGAUUGUGAAGUUGUGGACGGAGUUUUCGGGAUGGUGAAGCAUUUCCCGCGGAGGAGUCUUUUUUCGAAUGCUUUUUUGUUGUAUACCCCAUGAGAAACGAAGGCGGGCAAUAAGGCAGGCGUGACACGUAUUCAGAGGGAAGCCGCAGAGAUACCAAUUUCACGUUCAUCGAGCCG